CAAACAAUUAGGGUUUUUCAGGGGUUUCUGUUUCUCCCCAAAUUUCAUGCGAAAUUAACCUCCAAAUUCUACUUUCUUCACUUAUGGAAGCUCAAGUCGGGAUGUCUAGUCACGGCGGAGUUGUGGACGGCGGUACGGCGGUGAAGUUUUUGCAAAAGCAACAGCCGUCGCCACGUCAUCAUCAUCACAAACAGUCGGCGGAGAUAGGUACGGUGCAUCAGCUUCUAGCCGGAGGUAUUGCUGGAGCUUUUAGUAAAACAUGUACGGCUCCACUUGCACGCCUUACUAUUCUGUUUCAGGUGCAAGGUAUGCAUGCUGAGGGGGCGUUGUUGAGCAGGCCUUGUAUAUGGAACGAGGCGUUGCGUAUCGUUAAUGAAGAGGGUGUUAGAGCCUUUUGGAAAGGGAAUAUGGUUACUAUUGCUCAUCGUCUUCCUUAUACUGCUGUUAACUUCUACGCGUACGAGCAGUACAAAAAACUGCUAAAGUCAAUACCGAGUAUAGGAAACAACAGUGGAACUGCAGCUGCAGAUGCAUGUUUGCACUUUGUAGGCGGUGGAUUGUCAGGAAUAACAGCUGCUACCGCAACAUAUCCUUUAGAUCUCAUCAGGACACGGCUUGCAGCACAGAGAAGUACAAUAUACUAUAAUGGAAUCUCGCAUGCCUUCCGGACAAUUUGUAGAGAUGAGGGUGUUCUUGGCUUGUACAAGGGACUUGGACCAACUUUAUUGGGCGUUGGACCAAGUAUUGCUAUUAGCUUUUCUGUUUAUGAAACCCUGCGUACGUAUUGGAAAUCUCACAGGCCAAAUGAUUCCACUGUCAUGGUCAGUCUCGCAUGUGGCAGUCUCUCCGGCAUUGCAUCUUCAACAGCGACGUUUCCUUUGGAUCUUGUGAGAAGGAGAAAACAGUUAGAAGGAGUGGGUGGACGUGCCCGUGUUUACAACAGUGGCUUACUCGGGACACUUGGGCAAAUCAUUCGAACCGAAGGGUUACGUGGUCUUUACAGAGGGAUUCUUCCGGAAUAUUACAAAGUUGUCCCGGGUGUAGGAAUUGUUUUCAUGACAUACGAGACACUCAAGAAGCUUCUAUCUGAACCGCCUUCUUUUUAAGUAACAGUAACAGAGCAAUAGGUCAUAUCUAAUUUUGUCUCUACCUGUGAGUCUUCAUUUCUUUUCCAUCAUGACAUGAAGAUGAACUAGCUUUCCGUAGUGAUACACGAUCAGGGAAUGUUAUGGUUUUGUAGGUUACUUAUGGCACAGGUCGGCUAUGUCGUCAUUGUUGACCAGAGUUGAAUUUUUCUGUGUAUAGCUCGUAUAUUUGGAAAUGCUCGAAUCCCAGUUGAAGCGUCGUCGUGUUUCGGCUUGGGUGUAGAGCUGAAACCUGAAAAUUUUGAUAGUAUACUAUGUUUGUUUUAGCUGUUAUUUUUCUGUAUUUCAUUUUUUAAAUGAACUUAAAUAUAAGCUUCUUUCAGCUCGGGUUCAUUUGAACUUUUAGCAA